AUGUCUACCGCUAACCAAACUUCUAUCCUAUUUCCAAUCUUUACUGGAGAAAACUAUGACUUCUGGAGUAUUAAAAUGAAGACCUAUUGUAUGUCUCAAGAUCUGUGGGACAUAGUUGAUAGUGGCUUCAAUAAUCCAGAAAAUCCAACUGUGGAACAAUUAAGGCAGCUAAAGAAAGAUCAGCAGAAGGAUGCAAAGGCUUUAUUUGCACUGCAACAAGCUUUGGAUGACACUAUUUUUCCAAGGAUUAUGGGAGCCACAACAUCAAAGGAAGCAUGA